GAACACUUCAGUCACCAUACAAGCAGUGGAUUUCAUCUGAGCGCAUACAUGCACUCGAUCGAGUCUAGACCCUCGAGUCAUCAGAGUCACAACAAGCCUGGCUCGGGCGAUGUGCAUGGAGGAAAGAGUGAAUCUCGCUCGAUUGCCUCCACGCUCUCACUUGGACUUCUGCAAGCGGAAGUCUCCUCGCGAGCCGAACCUGUAUCACUAUGCCAUGAUUGCCAACGCAAGCGUCGAACACAAAGUCCGGCAUCGCUCCCGCGGCGCUUUCAAGCUUCUUUUCUCUUCAAAAAAUUGACAAUCUUCGUUCUCGCCUGUGACAUGUCUGUGCCCAAUCUGACGAUGCGACUCCCAUUCCCCACCAUCUUCACACCCUUUGAUCCGACAUUGUGCGCACUUCCACAUGGCGCAGUUUGGGCAAGCAUUGCAACGACGCCAUUACAUUGCUCUAAAAG